CGUCCGGUCAGCCCGGCCUUCAGGCUAGCGAGGCGAGCGGAGCGACUACGGUCCGUACGGUCCCUACGGAGUUCCUUCCUGCCCGACCUGAGGUUCCAGAAUUCGCUUCGCAGUUGCCUCAGCACCAAGGAGGAUAUCCAGUCCUGCUACCCAGCUAAGUCCAGUCAUGGAGGGACAGGAAGAUGGCAACAACAUCCUCCCUUUUGCCAAGAGUUCCAGGGUGGUCAGCCGAUCCUCUCGCUGCAGCCAGCCCUCCCAGAGUAGCAGACCAAUGUCUCAGCCUUACGGAGACACCUUCUGGGAGAAUCUUAGCCGAAGGUCCAGCUCCAACUGGAUGGAAGAACAGUACAUUCCACCAAUGCUGAGGACCAUUGGGUGCUCGCAGCCUGGCCUGCACCCUCUUGAGGGGCUUCCUCCUCCUGCAAAGCUCUGGAGAAGAAAACGAAAGAAGCUGCAUUUGGAAAGAAUGCAGACGGGCCCUGGAAACAUUCCGGCCCGUGUUAGAGCUGUUACCUAUCACCUGGAGGACCUGAGGAGGCGACAGAGAAUCAUCAACGAACUAAAGAAGGCCCAGUGGGGAAGCUCUGAGGUUCCAUCUGAGCUCCCCCAAGUACCUGAAGAGGGCUAUGGAUUCCUCAGCACUACUGAAUACCUUGACGUGGAAGAAGAGAGGGGAACCGAUCCACAGGAAGAGAAUUAUUUUGUCACUCCCAGGGAUCAGCUGCUUUGGUCUCCCUGGACCCCCUUAGGCCAGGGGGGGACUUAUGCCUCUGGGCGGCUAAGCUCUCUGGCCCACAGCACUGUUACAGCCAGGAGGAACCCCACUUACAAUCCUCAGAGGAUGGAGCUGGAGUCUGAGGAGUAGUGGAAAAUCAU